AUGGUUUCCACUGCCUCGAUCCUUCCUUUGAACACCCUCCUCGUCACCGCCUUGCUUGCUGGUGCUGCCACUGCUGAAGGCACCACCCACCAGCCCGUGAUCUACGCCACUUCGACCACUGGCAACGCGCAACGGUCGUUGUUGGAAGAAAUCGAAAAUGAAAGCCGUCCCAAGUGGAAGCGUGAUGCUCUCAGAUUGCCCAAGUUUGCCAUUCCUAAGUUUGGGGGUAAGAAGACCCCUACUGGUUCGGCCCCGGCUUCGACUGGCAAGAAGAUUGCCAAGAAGGUCGGUGGAUUGAUCCCUGGUUUGGCUUUGACGCUCCCGGGCUUGUUCGGUGACGAUGCCAGUGAUGAUGUUGAUGCCGUGUACUUCGCCUACGACAUCAACGACAACCCGACUAGCUUGAGUCUUGGCAACGGUCACCAAGUGCAAUUGAAGGGUAAGGACGACAACCCUCUCUCGUUCUUCACCUUCACCUUGCCCGAAAACACCCAAUUCGUUAUUGACGCUUACAAGUCGUACGACGAUCAGCACUGGGAUGUCUACGUUGCUGGUGGCUCUGGCCACAUUGUGGGGUCUUGCCACGCUGACGGUGACGCCGUGCAAAAGGUUUCCAACACCGUGGCGAGAGCGAUUGUCUGUUCGGUCGACACCUCGCUUAACUGA